AUGCACAUCCCCGACCCCGUCAUCCUCCACCUCUCCAAACGCGACCCGUCCUUCAACGCAGACCAAACCCGAACAAUCGCAUGGGUAGUCUGCAUCAUCGUCGCCGCGGUACUCAUCAUCGGCAUCUGGUGCGCCUUCAAACUCUGGGGAUCGCGCGCUCGCAACUUUUACGCCGAGCAAGACUUGGGUGUUCGGUCGUUGCCGCCUCCGCAGCCGAGGUCGAGAAGAUGGGGAGGAGGAGCAGGAGGAGGAGCGAGGGUGCAGCCACAGGAAGAGUUUUUGCCUGUUUAUGAUUCGAGUGGGCGCCCGCCUGCGUUUUCGCCCCCUGGGAUGCCCCCUCCUGCUUAUUUGCCUGGCGAUGCGUUGGGCAGAGAGACGUACAGGCGGGAUGGGGAUGAGCCCGAGGAGGGUGAUAAGAAGGAGGUUUCCGCUGAUGAUCACGUUGGCGAUGGAGGAGAGAGGAAAGAGAGAAGGGCAUCUGUUUGA